GAACAAAUAUGGGUGUCUGUAUCUCCCGCCGAUCAUCCUCCGCCGUCGCUGCCGCCGAUACAAUCCAACUCGUCCACUUGAAUGGUCACGUCCAACACUUCCACAGCCCCAUAACAGCCAGCCAAGUCACUGGAAAUUCUCCCCCGCCGGCGGAGUACUUCAUCAGCACGGCAGCGCAGCUGGUCUCCCUCGCCGUCAGCCCAGCGCUUAACCCUGACGCCAUACUUCAGCCGGGCAAGGUCUAUUUUUUGCUCCCGUUCUCUACUCUUCAUCCCGACGUUUCUCCCUCCGACUUGUCCUCCAUAGCCAGAAAGCUCACCGCUGCCGCUAAGUCCGCCCCUCGGCCGCCGCCGUGUGUUGCGGUCGGUGGUGGCAAUGAUUGGAAAGCUCCGGUGGCUGCGAAAUCUCGACAGUGGAAGCCAUUCUUGGACACGAUACAAGAGAAGGCGGUGAAUAAGAGCGAGUCGGAUUUGCAAGAUAAACAUAAUAAUAAUCGUAUUUGUAUAUGGGACUAAGAAUUUUGAAAAAACGUAUAUACU